UGCGUGCAUACCGUGGUUGAGAAGAGGGCAUUUGCUGUUCUAGCCUACCCAACCCAAAGUACCAAUUGUGUGGUUACCGACGUAAGUGCGCCUUUCUGAGACGCAGCAUCCAUGAUGAACACGAUUGCUGUCAGCAACGAGACAAAGUCUCAGUUCAUCCGCACCACCAAGGAUGGCCGCCAGAUCCGCUACAACCUGCAGGUAAUCCAGCAGCCCGAGCGCGCGCGUGCCUGUGGUAGCGGCGCAAAGUCGAGUGCCGAUCGCCGUCCAGUUGACCCUCCCCCAAUUGUCGAGCUCCGCGUCUUCGAGAACGACCAGGAGAUCACCUUCGCCUACAAUGCCAACUUCUUCCUCCACGCCAGCUUGGAGAACGCGCGCCCCAUCGCAGCCGGACGCAGCCAGUCUUCGGCGGGCCCCAGCUUCCCCGUCCUCACCGGUACCCCAGUUGCGGGCAUGGCCUACCUCGAGCGCCCCACACCUGCCGGCUACUUCAUCUUCCCCGACCUGUCAGUUCGCCACGAGGGCAAGUACCGCUUGAGCUUUGCACUGUUCGAGAAUCUGGCAGAGGUCAAGGACCUGGAUCCCGGCGACCCAGACGUCAUCUAUGAUGGCAACCACUUUGUCACCCACCGUGCUGAAGUCAAGUCGGCACCCUUCACCGUCUUCUCCGCUAAGAAGUUCCCUGGUCUCUCCGAGAGCACUGCUUUGAGCCGCCAGGUCGCCGAGCAGGGCUGUCGCGUCCGCAUCCGUCGCGACGUGAGGAUGAGGCGCCGUGAGAACAAGUCGUCCAAGGAAUGGGACGAGUACGAUGAGGAGGGUGGUGGCUACGAUCGCGCUCGAGGAACAGCGACCCCCGACAACUACCAUCCACCAUCCAACGCCCCUCUCGAUGAUCGUCCUCGCUCCGUCUCCAAUGCUAGCAACCACUCACUGGUACCGCCACGCCGUCCGAGCAUGGAAGAGAUGGCACAUGGCUAUCCGGCUAGCAAUAGCUACCAGCAACAGAUGCCUCCACCGCAGAACCCUACCUACACACAGAUGCCGUCAUACGCGUCAAGCCAACAGCACCAAUACUCGCAACAGUACUCAGCUCCACAAACAGCGCCUAUGAUGCAGUCUCCUCAACACUCCACUGCAUACUCACAACAUGCGCAACAUCCACAGCACCCGCAACACAGCAGCUACUCGAGCCAGCACCAGUCUCAGCCACCAAUGCCUGUGAGCCAACAGUAUGGAUACCCCAACUACCAGCAGCCGGCACACUAUGAGCAGGUGCCUCCCGCCCGUCAGGAACAGGUGGCUCCCGAUUAUGCUCACCCAGUCGAGUACCGCCGUCCGUCUGUGACCCAGCCGUCCACCCAACAAUACUCGGCACCUAGCCACUCGAUGCAAUCGUACGGCUCUAUGGAUCAGUACAGUCGGCCGCAGCAAAUGAGCCAGCCUUUGCAGCCUCUGCAACCCCUGCACACUUCUCCACAGGCGUACGCUUCGUCUACACCUAGUGCCGUGCAUACACCUAGUCACCAGGCGCUACCAUCAUUGCGACCCAUUGUCGCCGACAAAUUGGAGCCUGUGUCGCCUUCUUACCAAUCGCCUCCCGGUACUCUCUCAGCCACCAUGUCUGUCAACUCUGACGGUUCGGCCCAGAACUAUGCUCUGCCCAAGUUCAACCCACAGGCACAGGGUCUUCCGCCCAUGUCGGCCGGGUCCAGCAACAAACGUUCUUUCUCAAGCACCUUCGAUUCUCGUCACCUGAAUGAACGCAUGGUUGCAGGAAGCAGGCCUCAACCGACCGGUGCCGGCUACACCUACGAUACUGCCGACUCUCCGGACAUGGAGGAGCCAAUGGACCGAGCGGCCAUGAGCUAUCGGCGCCAUGAGCCAGACCCAGCGACGAAGUCUCGCGCUGUACCUAUUUACGCGACCACAUCAUACACCUUCAAUGAUAGCGCGCAUGCCGCGAAUCUCUUUGGUCUCAAGGAAUUUGGAAACAUAUACAGUCGUAUAGGGAACCCCACCGUCGGUGUACUCGAGGCGCGUAUCGCUGCGCUUGAGGGCGGUGUGGCAGCACUGGCAACAGCAUCCGGUCAAGCUGCUCAGUUCAUUGCCAUAGCCGCUCUGGCGCAUGCCGGAGACAACAUCAUAGCGACUUCGAACUUGUAUGGAGGCACGUACAACCAGCUCAAGGUCUUCUUCCCACGUUUGGGGGUGCAGACUAAGUUCAUCAAUGGUGACAAACCAGAUGACUUCAAGGCUGCUAUCGAUGAGAAGACGAAGGCGAUAUAUGCAACAAUUGCGCACGAGGCUGGUGUUCCUGUCAUUGUCGACAACACAUUUGGUGCCGGAGGAUACUUCUGCAGGCCUAUUGACCAUGGUGCUGACAUUGUUGUGCACUCUGCAACGAAAUGGAUUGGAGGUCACGGAACUACGAUUGGUGGUGUGAUAGUCGAUAGCGGGAAGUUCGACUGGGGUAAGCACGGCAAGCGCUUCCCGCAAAUGAUCGAGCCAUCAGACGGUUACCAUGGACUGAAGUUCUGGGAGACAUUUGGAGCCAUUACAUUCAUCAUUCGAGCACGUGUCGAAAUCCAGCGAGACCUGGGCGCAGCGCUCAAUCCAUUCGCCGCCCAACAGCUGCUCCUUGGUGUGGAGACGCUCUCCUUACGAGCAGAGAGACACGCAUACAAUGCACUGAAGUUGGCGAAGUGGCUUGAGAGCAACAAAAACGUAAGCUGGGUAUCUUAUCCUGGUCUCGAGAGUCAUCCGUCACACGAGCUAGCGAAGAAGUACUUACCGCGUGGUUUCGGAGGCGUACUAUCCUUUGGUGUUACAGGAGGUGGUGCAGCAGGUAGCCAGGUUGUAGACAACUUCAAGCUCAUCUCCAACGUAGCGAAUGUUGGCGAUUCAAAGACGCUGGCUAUCCAUCCCUGGACAACAACACAUGAGCAACUGAGCGACGAAGAGAAGAUCAACUCUGGUGUAACCGAGGAUCUCAUCCGUAUUUCAGUCGGCACAGAACACAUCGACGACAUCAUCGCAGACUUUGAACAAUCGUUCUCGAAGUCGGCAACGAAGCCUCAGGAGAAGGGUCAGCCGGAGAAUGCGGAUAAAACUGGCAAUGGUGAGCCCUCUGCUUCAUUGUCUGGUUCCACCUAG